CGUGCAUCGUGCCAGUGGUAGCAGUAGGUAAAUGUAAACAACUGUUCAGCUGUUUUGUUGUUGUCUUGCACGAUAAAUUAGCGAUUUAUGUGCAAUCCCUUGUUAAAGCGUAACACUUUUGUGGUUUCCGAGAUAUUUUAAUGUACCAUCAGAUCUACCAGCAUGAAUUUGGAACUAUUAGAGUCAUUUGGUCAAAACUAUCCUGAGGAGUUUGAUGGUACCUUGGACUGUAUUUCUUUGGCUGUAACAUGUGCUUUUAACAAACGUGGAACAUUGCUAGCUGUAGGCUGUAAUGAUGGUCGAAUCGUUGUUUGGGAUUUUCUCACCAGAGGUAUAGCCAAAAUUAUAAGCGCCCAUGUUCAUCCUGUGUGUUCUUUGAGUUGGUCAAGAAGCGGACAUAAGCUUUUGAGUGCUUCUACCGAUAACAAUGUCUGCAUUUGGGAUGUAUUAACUGGAGAAUGUGAACAGAAAUAUCGUUUUCCCUUACCAAUACUAAAGGUUCAAUUUCAUCCCCGCAAUGACCGCCUCUUUCUUGUUUGCCCAAUGCGUCAUGCUGCUGUCCUGGUUGAUGUGGAUGGAGAACAUAAAGUUGUUCCCCUUGAUGAUGAGUCUGAUCUCAAUAUAGUAGCUGCAUUAGAUCGCCGUGGUCAAUAUCUCUAUGUAGGCAACUCUAAAGGGCGAAUGCAAGUAUUUCAACUUCCAGAAUUAACUCUUAAAGCAUCUUUUAAAGUUACUCAAGCAACAACCAGUGCAACAGCUAUUAAAAGUAUUGAGUUUGCGCGCCGAGGAGAUGUAUUUCUUGUUAACACAGCAGAUCGUGUCAUUCGAGUGUAUGAUACCAAGCAGGUUCUAUCUUGUGGUAAAGAUGGGGACCCUGAACCCUUGCAAAAACUUCAGGAUCUUGUUAACAAGAUGAUGUGGAAAAAAUGUUGCUUUUCGGGUGAUGGAGAAUACAUCUGCGGAGGCUCAGCUCGUCAACAUGCUCUGUACAUUUGGGAAAAAAGUGUUGGAAAUCUGGUCAAAAUUCUUCAUGGAACGAAAGGGGAAAUGUUACUUGAUGUUGUGUGGCAUCCAGUGCGACCAAUAAUAGCCUCCAUUUCAAGCGGAGUUGUGUCAAUUUGGGCUCAAAACCAAGUGGAAAAUUGGUCAGCUUUUGCCCCUGAUUUUAAAGAGCUUGAUGAAAAUGUUGAAUAUGAAGAAAGAGAAUCAGAAUUUGACUUAAGUGAUGAGGACAAGUCUGUAGAAUUGGGCCCAGAGAAGCAAGAAGAAGAUUUAGAGGUUGACGUAACCACUGUUGAUAGAGUAGCUGCUCUUUGUAGCUCUGAUGAAGAGACAGAGGACAUGGCCUCUUUACAAUUUUUACCCAUUGCACCUGAGGUUGAAGAUCCAGAAGAUGGUGCAUUGCCAGGUGCAGCUCAGGCCAGUGGUAGUGGUGCAGGCCAAGAAAAUGAUAAACAACGAAGCAAAGAAAAUGACUCUCCAAGCCCUGCCAAGAAACGAAAAUAUAAAACACAUGAAAUAAAGCUUGAAGGAGCUCCUAAAGAUGAAAUUCAUCCGCUGAUAAGCAACAGAACAAAAGAUAAACCACCAGCUGGCGGAAAGAAAGCUAGUGGAAGACCAAGAAAUGAGGAUCGGAAGAGAUUGGGCAAAUAGCUGGAAAGGAAAGAAUUGUGUAAAUAAUGUGUAUAAAUAAACUUAUGUUAUUACUGUU